CUUUGACGGCAAAAAUUCGGUAGGUGAAUUAAUUGUACUUCACCGUGUGUAUCAAAACGAAAACAAUCCGCAAAAAUGCCUGAAUUAUCAACAACGGAGAAGGAUUUCCUACGCCGCAAACAUGAACAGACAUCAAAAUUGCGUGCCGAAUACUUGAAACAGAUUUCGAAUCCCCACAGACAUGCCACAGGCGAAGGUGGUACUUUGUUCGAUGCUGGUUUGGCGCGUUUCCAAUCGAUGCGUGUUUCCAACUUUGAACACUUCAAGCCAACUGGUGUGGCUUUCCGCGCCGGCUUCUUCUCAGUCGUACUGCCUAUUGUCCUCUAUGCUUGGGCUUUGAAAUCAGAACGUGAUGGCCGUGAACAAAAGUACCGCACUGGACAAGUAGCAUACAAAGAUCGUCAAUUCAAAUUCAUUUAAGUCGGAUGACUGAAAGCCAGUAAUGAAACUGGUUUAACAGAAAUAAAAUGGUCGAGUUGGAAAUG